AUGACCAUGAUGGUGGCGCGAGAUGGCGUUAAAUGGCUUAGCGGUCUGGGUCGCUGCGAUUUCAUGGGAACGGCUCAUUUCAGCAGGCCGAGACAGUGGCCCAGGAAAAUGUCAAUCCAAUGUUGCUCCGAUAGACCAACUCGCCAAGGAAACCUAUCUUCGUUCUAUCCCCAUUCCCUUGUCUCCCUCCCAUCCGAAAAGCUUGCAACGAGGGCACUCUGGACCACGAUGUCGUCUCAGCCAGUUCCAACUCCCACUCCAUCACCAACAGAUAAUGGCAAAACACGUACCUCCAUGGCCGACAACAUGGUCCCCGGAGAGAGCGAGGUGGUGUUCGUCGACUUCUGGGCCAACCUGUUUGGCAUGCGGGUUCUGAUAGCCCUGCGCGAGUUAGGCAUGUCGUUCGAGUACAUCGAGGAGGACCUCAGCAUCCGCAAGAAGAGUGACCUGGUGCUGCGCAUGAACCCGGUGUACCGGAUGGUGCCCAUCCUCAUCCACCGUGGCCAUCCCAUCUGCAACUCCAUCAACAUCCUUGAGUACAUCGACGAGGUCUGGGGUCACCGUCACGCCGAAGCAGGUGGAACACAGUUGCUCCCUGCCGACCCGCUGGAGAGGGCUUCCGCCCGGUUCUGGGCCGAUUUCGUUGACCACAAGGUGUUCAACACGGAGAUGAGGCUGUUCAAGAGCAAAGGCGAUGAUGAGAAAGAAGCCGCAAAGGGGGAGCUAAUCCGCCAACUCAGGCAACUCGAGGGGGCGCUUGGAGACAAGAACUUCUUCUCCGGCGAUGAGUUCGGAUUUCUGGACAUUGUCGUCAUCCCGUUAUCGAGCAUGUUUCGAGCGUAUGAACAACAAGGAACGUUUGAUCUUGAGGUGGAGUGUCCCAAGCUGAUGCGGUGGGAGAAGCGGUGCAAGGAGAGGGAGAGCGUCAGGAGUACUCUUCCAGAUGAGGAGGAGGUGUACAGGAUGCACAAGAAGUGGUACGGCAUAGAGUGA